AUGGCCAAUUCCUCCCGGGUCACUGAAUUCCUGCUGCUGGGUUUCUCCAGCCUUGGCGAAUUUCAGCCUGUCCUGUUUGUCCUCUUUCUCGGCCUCAAUUUGAUCAUCCCGAGUGGGAACCGCACCCUCUUGUCCCUCAUCCGGCUGGACCGCAGCCUCCACACCCCCAUGUCCUUUUUCCUCUGUGUCCUUUCAACCUCGGAGGUCUUCUACACCAUUGUUACCCUGCCCAGGAUGCUUAUCAACCUGCUCUCUGUCCUCAGGACACUCUCCUUCGUGGGCUGUGCCACCCAGACGUUCUUCUUCCUUGGCUUUGCCGUCACCAACUGCCUGCUUCUGGGAGUUAUGGGUUAUGACCGCUAUGCCGCCAUCUGCCAGCCUUCGCGCUACCCGGUUCUCGUGAACUGGAGGGUAUGUGCCCAGCGGGCAGCAAUCUGUAUUGUUAGUGGCUUCCUAGUAUCUCUGGUGGGAGCAACUUUGGUCUUCAGCCUCCCUCUCUGUGGCUCCAACAAGGUCAACUACUACUUUUGCGACAUCUCACCAGUUAUCCGACUUGCCUGUGCUGAAACGUACACCAAUGAGCUGGUCUUCGUCUGUGGCGCCUUGGUGCUAGUUGUACCCCUGCUCUUCUUCCACACCUCUUACGGCCUCGUUGUCCACACCAUCCUGAAGAUCCCGUCGGCUGACGGCAACCGGAAAGCCCUCCCCGCCUGUGCCUCCCACCUCACUGUGGUCAUCGUCCACCAUGGCUGUGCCUCCUCUGUCUACCUGCGGCCCUCAGCCAAAUACUCAUCAGGCAAAGACAGACCAGUGACAGCGACCUACACCAUCGUCACCCCACUGUUGAACCCUACGGUGUACAGCCUUAGGCACAGAGGUGUGCAGCUGGCCAUUCGGGAAAUGAUCGCAAAGACGGGGUUUUCUCUUAAGACUUUAUAA